GUGUGUUGAUGCACUCUAGCACCUGCUUUCAUCGCCGUAGUCCAGAUGUGGUACAAACGCUCUGAGCAAACGAACCGCAACGCAGCGUGGUACUCCAUGCUAGGCAUUGUCAACAUCCUCGGAAGUCUCCUAUCAUAUGGCUUAGGUCAUAUCCAGUCCGACCGCAUGCACUCGUACCAGAUCAUUUUUCUCUUCUGUGGCCUCCUGACCGUCCUUGUGUCGGUCCCGGUCUGUAUCUUCAUGCCAGACUCGCCUAUGGAGGCCAAAUUUUUGAACGAAGACGAGAAACUGAUCGCAGUUGAGCGAUUGCGCAUGAAUCAGAUGGGUGUUGCCUCGAGGGUCUGGAAGUGGGACCAUGUACUAGAGGCAUUUCUGGAUGUCAAGACGUGGCUAUGGUUCUCCAUGCUGACAGCCGUGAGUAUCCCCAGUGGUGGCAUCACAACUUUCGGACCCUUGAUCAUUCAGUCAUUUGGCUUCGGAAAAUUCCAAACGAUCCUCUUCAACAUGCCCUUCGGUGCCGUUCAGAUCAUCGCGACACUUGGCGGCGCAUUUCUUGCCACGAAGCUGAAGAAGAAGGGACCUAUCCUGAUACUGCUGUGUAUACCUCCGGUGAUCGGCAUCAUCAUACUGAUGGUAGUUGGCCGAGGCAAGAAUCACCGAGGUAUUCUUCUCGUGGGUUACUACCUCACAUCCUUCUACCCUGGCAUCUCGCCCUUGAUCUACUCAUGGUCGGGACAGAACACCGGUGGUGACACCAAGAGGAAGGUCACAACCAGUAUUCUCUUCGUGGGAGCCAGCGCUGGUAACAUCAUUGGUCCUCAUCUCUUCAAGCCAUCUGAGAAACCUUACUACUAUCGCGGUCUUCGAUCGAACUUGGCUCUGUUCGUUGCGAUAGUCGUUCUCGUUGUGUUGGCGAUGCUGUGGAUCAAGGUAUUGAACCGUAGACACGCCUUUACCCGCGAGUCAAUGGGAAAGUCGGCUAUUGUGCUCGACACGAGUAUGGAAGGAUCUUCCAACACAGACGUUGAAGACACAGAAAAUGCUCAAGCGAGCGGCGUUGGUGAUAAGGCGUUCGAUGAUGUUACAGACACCAAGAACGAAGACUUCAUCUAUGUAUACUGACGGGCAUACUUCUGAAGGCAUGGCGUUG